GCGCAGUUUUUUUUUAAAUUAAUUUUAAGUGAAUAUAUUCAAUGAUAUCGAGAAGAAAGGGCAAAGAAAGCAAAAUUUCGAAAUAAACAAAAUUCUUGCGUAAAUUAUUCUUAUAAAAUUAAACUGAAGCGAAAAAAAUUAUUGCGCUAUAUAGGCGUACUAUGAACCGAGUUUAGACAUUUAUGGAAUGUGAAACUAUGUUAAAAAUAAGCAAACAAAAAUUAAACGCAUAAAUAUUGUUUAAAUAAUGAGCGAAUUUUAUAAAUUUUUUGUUGCAUGGGUUUAGUGUAAACAAAACAGAAAGUAAUAUAAUAUCAUAUAAAUUAAAAUAAAAUAACUGAAUAAAAAAAAUUACAUAAAGUUGCUGUUUACUCUUCGGAAAAGGAGCGUUACUUUAAAUUUGUUACAAAUGUUAAUAGUGGCAGCGAUCACAAAGCGUUUAGUGAAAUGAUGGGCUGUGAUAGUUAUAGUGAUAGGACUGAAUUAAUGAAAUUGAUCUGUCGGUCACAAAAAUGUUUUAAAAAUAGAAAAUAUUCAGUCUGCAUACACCAUAGUUAUGAAAAUUUAUCGAAAUACAAAACAACUGAAACCUAUGAAAAACUCACUUUUUAAAAGAGAAAGCAUUAAGAGAAGGAGCAAAAUAUAAUCGUUAUAUUAUAUAUAUAUAUAAAAAAUUUCAAAAGAGCAAUGAAAAAAUGAAAAUAAUAUCUUAUUAAAUAUUUGUAAGCAAUAAUUUGAAUUGAAAGUCAGCGCCAAUCGGUCAGUGUGCAAUUAAAUUUAAUAUCGAAUAAUGAAAAUAAUGAAUAAAUAUCAACAUAUGAAACGUUUUCAAAGAACGCAAUCACUGAUAAAUAAUUGCUAGCUCACGGAUAACCGGUAACUGCAAGCGAGAAAAAGCGUUAAUGUUAUAAUUUCACCACAUUACUAAAUCGUAUGUAUGCACGUACGCAUGCACAUGCUGAGUUGUAUAUAUACACGUAUAUAUGUAAUAUAAAAUGCUCCGUCCUUACUACCAGCCGCAUCUAUGUAUUAUAAUAAAAAUUAUGAAGAAAAUUGCCUUAAAAGAUCUAAUAUUAGCAGUAAUAAUACUGUUAAGUAUUUUGGCGACGAUGCCGACAUAUGCAAGCUGUGAUAACCAAAGCAUUUCUAAAGGGUCAAUUCAAGCAAAAUUGGCUCUGAAUGGCAACGACAAACUGUUGCAACGUUUUACACGAAACCUUAAGGAUAACAACUACUCAUCGUCCAGCUUUAAUAAAACGGAACUUAUAAACACAACGGGUUAUAUGGCUUCCUAUGGAUUGCGUACUAAACAUAAGUCACAAAAAUUUUUGCCAAAACAACGAAAGACUCCUACUGGUUCGGGUAUCAACGAUUUAACAAGUUUCAAUCUAAUUACGGAAUCACGUAAUGAUAUUUGCAACGAUCAUUGUAGCUGUAAACGUGGAGGAAACGCUUUUGUCACCAUUAAUUGUGAUUUUCAAAAGAAUCCCAAGUUAAGUUCGGUUUUCGACAAAUCAUUUAAAGUGCCACUAGACGCUACUGUGAUCUUCAUUAAACUGGAACGGAAUACACAGUUUCGUUUGGAUCGUGGUUUCUUUAUCAACAACACUGUUAAUAGUAUAACUGUCGAAGGCCAGUAUGCAGAUGGUGAACAAAUUGAAGUAAACACUGAAGCGUUUCGCGACAAUAAUGGACCGUAUCCUGAAAUUAAUUUUAACAAUGUAUACACAGUGAUUAUCCGAACAAAGGCAUUCUCGGGAAAUUGUAAAUUAACGGUGCGCAACAGCAACGACCUAAUAUUAUAUGCAGAUGCAUUCGAGAAUGCUAAAAUCAAUGGUUUAUUCGUGGGCAUUAGGGAUUUGCGUAUAGGAGAGAAGGCCUUUAAUUCAGCCCAAGCUAAGCUACGUAUCGAAUCUUCAAACAUUGAUAAUAUUUAUCGUUUUGAGGCAUCUUUGCGUGAGAUACGUUUUGUAAAUUGCACAAUCGGCACAAUUAAUGCCGGCACUUUUGAUGUUAUUAAAAUCAAUUCGAUUGUAUUUGAAAGUUGUCGCAUUGAUGUUAUUAAAGCCAGAGCUAUAACAGAAAAGCUUUUCAGUGACCACGUCUCGAUAAUGGAUGCAAGUAUUGGUUUUAUCGAAAGUGAAGCCAUUUACGGUAGUGGCAUUACGGAACUAAUAUUAGCUAACAAUAGAAUCGACACAAUUCACGAAAACGCCAUUUACGUCACAUCCAUAAAUGCCACUAUAAUAAAUAAUAAUAUCAAGCACCUGGGCAACAAUUGGUUGCGAGUUAAAGGCUGGUCAAACAUAGUCCUGGAAAAAAAUCAAUUUGGCGUUUUCGGCGGUAUAGUAUUGGAGGCUGACGCGCAACCAGUUAAUUGCCGUUUCAAUCGUAAUUCUUUAACGCAACCAUUAUCCGGCAGCCUAAAUAUUACAAAUCCUUAUUGCAUACUUCGUGAAAUAUCAAUAAAUGCACCGUGUCGCUGCAAUUUAGAUUGGCUUGAUCGUUUGUCCGCUCGUGAUUUAAGGUCAGAAAUCUAUUGUACAAUCGAUGAUAAAUUAGGUAACUGUUUUAAUUCGUCGACGUUCAACACACUUAAAUAUAUAAAUGAAGUGUGCGACGAGAGUAAAACUGUUUUAGAUUGCGUGGCGAACAAAAAUUUGAAAAAAAUCGAUGGACAUUUUUUUACCCCCGAAGAGCUUGAACAACGAAACAAUCGCUUACCUGAAUUAAUUUUAAUUCUGGUUGGCAGCCUGUUCAUAUUAUUACUUAUUAGCGCAAUAGUUAUUAUUCUGAUUUGCCAUUUCAAGAGAACACCUUGCGCAAAACCUCAGACCUCUAGUGGCAUUCAAGCGAGAACUCAUUUGCAUGAAUUCAGCCGUGAAGAACGCCUAGUAAUUGAUCAAUCACUUCAAUUAAUACAGAAAAAGUACCCGGAAAUAUACAAAAAAAUCAAUGAGCGCGCCCAACGUAUGAUGACACAAAAUCUGAAUGAAACAAAAUGCGUUAAAUUCACUAGUGAAAUAGUCAAUUUAUUGAAUAAGGUUCAAAAUUCUGGCAGUGAUUUUAUAGCUUUUAAUCGUAUACUAACCGAACAUUUGCAGUCACCGCUGCCCAAUGCCCCACCGGCCGAUCAAACAGCCAUUUACACUGAGCCUGGCUUAAUGGGUAUUGAGAGAGAUUUUUAUUCCACCGAUAGUUUUUCUCGAUUAGAGCAAAGUAAUGAAUCAUCUAUUCCCGAAGCAGGAGCCGAGCCUAUAUAUGCAGAACCAAAUUGUGCCCAACAACCGCUAUUACGCAAUGAAUAUGCUUCGCCGGCUGAUAGGCAACCACCUACAAUUGAUUUAUAUACAGAACCGAUAAAUGAAACAGCUAAACCCAAAAACAUGCAUUUAGUAAUGCCACCCUCAUACACUACGCCCGAUGUCCGGCAUAAACAUCCCAUUAAAAAUGAAUUUGAAUUGGAUAUGCGAGGAGCAACAGCUCUACCACCCGAUUCGGGAUCCAGUCAUUCGGGUGGCAGCAAUGAAACUGUUAAGAUUGACGAUGUUAUUGAAUAUGCCGACGCCUAAGACGACUUUCAAUAUCAUUAUAAAGAAUAUUUUAAACAAGGGCUUGUGAUUAAUAUAUGGUUACAUUAGAUUUAAUUAUAUACAUGUUUUUAUUUUUUAACAAAAUUAUUUAAGUCUACAACACGAUUUGCAUAAUUAAUGCAAACUAAAAUCUAUUAAAUAUUGUAUUUUUUAGUGCUUUCAAACACAUGAACAAUCCUAAACGCAUACGUGAUUCUAUAGUUAUUCAUAUAUAUGUAUAUAUAUAUAUAUAUAUAUAUAUACAACAAUUUAUACAUAUUAUUUUUAUACCCAUCAAUGAAGGAUGAGGGGUGAAAAGGGAGAUCUAAAUCGAUUUAAGCAAGCACAUCUGUUCGACUGUGUCAUGUUUGUUGCAAACCUUCUCCUGGAAGCGGAAAUGAAGCUAACGACUUCAAAUUUGUCAGAAACAUUAGAAGUUCUUGCACGCAGGUUGGUAUUGAAAAUACGCCAAAUUGGUUGAAGAACACGCCCACGGUACCACGUAAACUGAGAACACCAUUUCAAAAGGAAUGAAAAAUUGGCUAUUUGCUCAUUACUCAUAAACUCUAGCAAACAAAUGUACAAAAAUUUAAGGACGUAUUCUAUUGCCGAUGCUAUGGCACCUGCACUAAAGUGAAAAAAUUUACCACGCCUGGCCAAUAUUAUGGUAUAUGAAAAUGUAAUUAUUUUUUCAAUACUUUUAUAACAAGCUUCAAAAGCUCCAUAAAGUGUAUAAACUCUUGGCCGGCUUCGAAUGUAUCUAGGCAUGUCCGCCUGUCCGUCUGUCUGUUUGCGCAGCUUUAUAGUAGUUAUAGUAAACAUUCUCCUUUUUGCGAAA